AUGCGUGUUUGCUGGCAGCUGGGAACCAGUGCUGCCUCCUCCAGCACCGACGGUGCCGACUUUGCAUUGUACCCCCCAGAACCUGCUCACCUGUCUAUUUACACUGUCGAUACAAAUCAACUCAAGAGCAGAUGUCUUGCUUGCGAGGCACUGUUGUAUGACAUUAAGAAGGUGAAUCCAAAGAGGACCAUAGAUGUAGGGUCAUUCCAAGUAAACCCUGACGGGACACAAGAGAGGAGUAAGUGGGAAAGUAUCGUAGAAGAGUAUGAAGAUGAAAUAUUCUCACUUAUCGCCCAAGAGGCAGACUAUCUAGCUGACAAGCUGUGCAGUGAAAAAUCAGGGUGCAAUAUGCUGGGGUUUGUUUUCCAAGGUCGAUCCAUGGCCAACACCAUCCACGGCAGCACCAGCGAGUACCCAAAGCCAGAUGUGACACCCACCUGGACAGCAGCGGGUUCGCCACGAGAG